AUGUCUACCCGUGCGGCUCACUGUGGAGGAGGUCGCCGUGGUGGAGGAAGUCGCGGCGGUGAACGUGGCGGAGGCGCACUAGGCUAUCGCAGGCAGGAUGGCAGAUUCAAGUCAGGAAGGGCUCCGAAGUGGCUGCGAGACCAGAGGAAAGCUGCGGCUGCAACAGCAGCAGCAGCAGCAGCACCGGCACCAGCACCAGACCGAGAUGAACAGAAUGGCGAAGAAGAGGUGGUUCUGCCACACUAUUUCCCUGCCUCUGGGGGAUUCGACUAUCCAGGCGCCAUGGAAGACCGAGCGAGAAGACUCAUGGGAUCGCCGCCAAGUCGUAAGAGCAACGCUCAAGAUGAGCUCGAUGAAGAAGGUGAACACCUCCAGGACACCAUGGUGCUCGAAGACCAAGCAGUCCAUUCCUCGCUAGACGAGCUCCAAGAUAGCCCAGUCGAACCCUCAUGCGACGAGAAUCAGACUAUCGAGCAACGGGACAUGCCACGCCACAUCUCAUCUGAUGAGAGAUCGGCGCCCCAGUCACAAGGCUCUGUUCAAGAUGAGAUGGUUCACGAAGAUGGUUCUUCUCCAGACUUCGAUUGGGAGGAAUUCGGACGUCGUUUGGAGGAGAGUGGAGGGCCACGCAUUUAACCAAGAUGCCUUGCUAUGUAUCUUUGAAGCCGGGCACGAGCAGAAAAUCUCUGAACAAGAGGAGGCAGUCAGUUCUCAUCGAAACUCUUUUUGAGAGGCCAUAAGUAGUAAGAAGACUACUGGUUGUUUUAGUUGCUUACACCAGAAUCAGCAAUUCUUUGAAGACCUCAACGUUCGUUCACUUGAAGUGGCAAUCGGUGGCCGCUGUAUACGACUUUUCUCGACCUUGUAGUAGAAGGGAAGUGUGAGAAGCUUUC